UGUUCGAUAUAAUACUGUUGAAUUUUCAUUAUAUAUAUUAAUUAAUAAUAAAAUGGGUAAAAAAACCAAAGUUGGAAAAACUAGAAAGGAUAAGUUUUAUCAGUUAGCAAAAGAAACAGGUUUUCGAUCUCGUGCUGCUUUUAAGUUAAUUCAACUAAAUAGGAAAUUUGGUUUUCUUCAACAAUCACAAGUAUGUAUAGAUUUAUGUGCUGCUCCAGGUGGCUGGAUGCAAGUAGCAAAACAGAAUAUGCCAGUGUCGAGUAUCGUUGUUGGUGUAGAUUUGUAUCCUAUACGUCCAAUAGCAGGUUGUAUUGGCCUUGUAGAAGACAUAACAACAGAUAAAUGUCGGCAAUCGCUUACAAAAGAACUACAAUCUUGGAAAGCUGAUGUUGUUUUACAUGAUGGUGCACCCAAUGUUGGUCGAAACUGGUUAUUCGAUGCGUACCAACAAAUUUGUCUUACAUUAAAUGCACUAAAAUUGGGUACACAAUUCUUGCGGAGCGGCGGUUGGUUUGUAACUAAGGUUUUUCGCUCUAAAGAUUAUAACGCAUUAUUGUGGGUACUAAAACAAUUAUUUCGUAAAGUACAUGCUACUAAACCAAGUGCAUCACGUAAAGAAUCUGCUGAAAUCUUUGUUGUAUGUCAAGGUUAUUUGGCACCAGUUCGUAUUGACCCACGUAUACUUGAUGCUAAAUAUGUUUUUGAAGAAUUAGAUUUGGAGGGUAAAAAAAAGGGUAGUUUACUACAUCCAGAAAAACAAAAAAAAAUAAAAGCAGAAGGUUAUACGGAGCAAGAUAUUGCUUUACGAAAUGACUUGGCGGCCACCGAAUUUAUGAUUGCUGACAGUGGCUUAGCUGCAUUACAAGGUAUUGGCUCAAUACGUAUAGAUGAUGAACGUAUUGCAAAUCAUCCAAAAACUACACAAGAAAUACUUGAAUGUUGUAAGGAUAUUAAAGUGCUUGGACGCAAAGACGUUAAAGGCUUACUUGCCUGGUGGAAAGCUAUAAAGGAAGAACUUUUCACGGAGGAAGAUAAAGAUACAAAAGUAAUUGAAGAGGAAGACGAAUCAACUAAAAAUCCUUUAACUAAAGAAGAAAUUGAAGAUAUGGAGGAUGAAGAGUUACAGCAACAAAUUAAUGAUCUACAAGUUGAGGAACAAAAGGAAGUAAAACGAAAGCGCAAGAAAACUCAAAAAGAAAAAGCUAAGUUACAUGAAAAAAUGAAUUUAAACAUGGUUAUAAAAGGAGACGAAGGCCCACACGAGGAAGGUGAUCAAGAGAUAUUUACUUUAAAUAAUGUAAGAACGCAAGAGGACCUUGAUGAAAUGUUAGAUGUGGCACCUGAUUUCGAUGUUGAAAUGGAUGAUGAGAAACCUGAAAAAUUGCCAAAAUAUAAAAUGUAUAAUAAAGAUGAUAAAAGACUUGAUGAUGAUGCUAAUUAUGAAAAUGAUGACGAGCCAGACGUUUCUGAAGAUGAUGAUUCCGAAAGUGACUAUAAUGAAGAGGGAUUGGGAUUAAGUGAUAAUGAGGAAAACAAUGUUAAUAAAACAAAUAUAAAGAAGAAGAAAAAAGUAGAACAUCCUUUAAUAAAAUCAGGUGACUUUCGAGAUAAAGAUUCAAAGCGACAACACCGUGUACAAUUGUGGUUUGAAAAGGAUAACCUUCAACAAAUUCAAUCGGACGACGAUGAAGAUUACGAUAUAGAUCGCCUCGCUAAUGAAUAUAAAAGCAAGGGUGUUACAAUUCUUGGAGAUAAUCAAAACAAUGAUGACAAAAAUAUUUUGCUUGGUAAAAAAGCUAAACGUCGUGCUAGACAUGAAGUUGAUAAAAAGUCAUCAUCGGAAUCUUCAUCCAGUGAGGACAGUGAAGAAGAUUUAGAAGAUAUUGAUAAAGUAAAUAAUGAUAUGGGCAAAGAACCUAAACAGAAAAAAAUUCGACUAUCAGAAGAGGAGCUUGCACUGGGUGCAAUGAUGAUAAAAGGUAAAAAAACAAGAAGGGAUCUAAUUGAUGGUGCUUGGAAUCGUUAUGCAUUUAAUGAUGAGAAUCUACCAGCUUGGUUUGUUCAAGAUGAAGAUGUGCAUAUGAAAAAACCUGUUCCAGUACCGAAGGAGCUAACAGAAGAAUAUCAACGUAAAGUACAGGAACUUAACGUACGUCCAAUCAAAAAAGUAAUGGAAGCCAAAGCUCGUAAACGGCGUCGUGCAGUUAAACGACUAGCGAAAGCUAAAAAACAAGCAGAGAAGAUAAUGGAAAACGUUGAUGCGACAGCACAAGAAAAAGCUAAACAAUUAAAAAAAAUAUAUAAAAAUACACAAGAAAAGAAAAAAGAAGUAACAUAUGUUGUUGCUAAGAAACAUCAAACUGGAAAAAGAGCAAGACGUCCAGCAGGUGUGAAAGGAAGGUAUCGUGUUGUCGAUCCAAGACAGAAAAAGGACAAACGGGCAGUAGACGCUAAAACAAAGAGGGAUAAGAGAAAGAGAAAGUAAAAAUUAGUAAUUUAAUUGGAUUUAUAUAAUUAAUAAAUAUUUUAGUGUCUGUUUACUUUACAUUAUUUGUACUGUGUAUAAGCCUAUAUAUACAGUACAAAUAAUGGAGAUACCUAAUGUAAUAUAACAUAAAAAAUAUAUUUUGUUAAACAUGACUGUUA